UUUACACAAAUGACUCGAGCGUGAUCCAACGGGCCAUGUGGUUGGCCAAGACUCCACUGGAUAUCUUUUCAGCUUCUUUUUCUCUCCCCUUUUGUGAAUGGUCGCUGAAAAGAAGGCAACAAAACGGUCACCGAUUCUAUCCUGAUCCUGCACCCCCUGUGGCGACCAUCGUUUUUACCCAAUCAGAACCACUACAAAUGGACAACACAGGGAUGAAAAGAGGAAUUGUGAUAAAAGAUGACUGGCCAGGUUACAGUCUGGACCUGUUCACCUACCCAGAACACUACCACGAAGACAUAGAAAACGUGUACAUUCCACAUGGGGUCAUCAUGAACAGGACAGAGCGUCUGGCCCGAUACAUCAUGGAAGACUUUGGGGACAACAACAUAAUGGUGCUGUGCGUCCUGAAGGGAGGCUACAAGUUCUGUGCAGAUCUGGUGGAGUUCAUCAAAGUUUUUGGCCGCAACUCCAACAAGUACCUGGAGACUCGGGUGGAGUUCAUCCGUCUGAAGAGCUACCUGAACGACCAGUCAACAGAGGACCUGCACAUCAUAGGAAGCAGAGAUCUGUCUUUUCUGCGUGGAAAAUGUGUGCUCAUUGUAGAGGCCAUAGUCGACACAGGAAAGACCAUGAAGGCCCUUCUGAAGCAUGUGGAGACCUUUGAACCCAAGAUGGUCAAAGUCGCAGGUCUGCUGGUGAAGAGGGUCCCGAACAUGGCUGAACGUCUGACAGACUAUGUUGGAUUUGAAAUCCCCAACCGCUUUGUUGUCGGUUAUGCCCUGGACUACAAUGAAUACUUCCGUGACCUUAAUCAUAUCUGUGUUAUUAGCAAGACUGGAAAGAUGAAGUACAAGGUUUGAGAGGAAUUAAAACCAUAAAUUAUGUCCAGUUUUACAUUACCAGCAUAAAACUGUCUGCAUGCCAUGUUCAGCAGUAAGCAAAGGUCCAGUCAGUAUUUGCACCACUUUGUUUAAAUGAGCUUAUAUGUGUUUAAGAAAAGUUAUAGUUUGUAUAUUUGUAUGGAAUUUGUUAGUUUGUUGUUUGUUAGUUAGAAGCCAAUCCAAAUUUCUGGGAGGACUUGGUGAAAUGUAUUUGAAUUAAAACAAUAUUUCAUGUGAUGUAACUGUUGCCUCAUCCUCCCUUCUUUUUUAUGUUGGUGAGAUGCACAUGAACAAAGAAAUGGAUAAAUGAAAGGGAGAAGCACUGCCCACCAGGAGAGAACGUUGGCGACAGAUGGAGAGAGCGUAUGGACAUUGGCAUCCUUGCGCCCAGAUGACGCCCACUCUGACUCAUGGAAAACACAGUGGGUGCAGCAGGCAGGCCGAACAGUGUCUCAACACCACACUGUAUCUAUCUGUUUCCAACUGUAACUUGGCCUUACUUAAGAUUAGAAACAAAAACAUAACAAUUUACCUAUUGAUGUAGGAGACACCUUUUGAAAUCAGAAAUAUUUGCAUAUUAAUAUUUUUUGGAUUUUUCAUGAGGGGGAAGGAGUAUAUGUAAAGCAAUGUCAAUGUUAACUCUUGUUUAGCUGUUUCAUCACUUAUUUUCUUCUACUGAAGUUAGCAUGCUAACCAGCUAGCAACUUAAUGUAGUAUCCAGUCUGCCCUAAAAAAAUAUUAUAUUAUUAUAACCAUAUUAUAACCUCCUGUACUGUAAAUGGCUGGAGCUCCUAGUAAGUCACCAUCACAACCACCCACUCUGCAAGAAAUCACAUUCGGCAGCAGACAUAUGGCCCAAUGUCAAACCUAUUUUAAACCCAUUAGUUAUUUCAUCAAAAGACCUCAAUUAUAAUUCCUGUUGGAAAAAAAAAUCUCUUGAUUUUACUCAAUCGCAUGUGAACAAACAUUAGGGCUGUUUUGUUUUUACAAGGUUUAUAGUCCUGUAGUUAAACUCUGAGGCCUUGAUCUCUUGGGGAGACAGCUCGGUGUAUAGGGCUAGAAAUCAAAAUACCUGCAGCCUCAGUGCUCUGAACUACAAACAUACAUGUGACACACACACACUGAGGUAUUUUCUAUGUUCUGUUGCCAUCUUUAGGGUGACUGAGAGAGUCAAUUGUGCAUGUCGACAGACAGACCAGAACAUGCCUCACUUCACACAGCAUGCACUCAGGGAGUGUUAUUAUUCGGCUACGCACUCUUUACUCUUAAUCACCUGAAACUCCAAACAGUCAUCACAUCACAUAACAGGCAUUCAUAUACAAGCAGAGGCUGAUAGUGUAAAGAAUUUAGAUGAUUUGUAAUGACCAUGGGAUACAACAUCUCGACUAAAAGAUGGUGAAAUAAUUAGGGUCUCUUGCGUUUACAUUGGGGGGAAGUGUUCGUCACUUAACCCAUACACCCUUCACUGCUCCAUAAAGACCACUAAGGUCUACAGAGACUAAAUGCUGAGUUAAAGGUCAUAUAUUAUCAUCCUGGUUGUUCCAGAUGUUUUUGUACAAUUCAAAAGUCAAAUUAUUCUGUUUUUCUUCCCUCACUUUUUACAAACACAUUUCUAAGCCAAAGGUAAUGGUCCAGCUCCAGCAACAAGGCCUCUCCAAGUUAAAUGACCUGAUAAAUUAGUUGCCAUGUGGAUAAUACGAGUGACUGCAAACAAAACAGAGAGUUCUGGGAGGUUUUGAGCACUCAGUUUCCACAUUGUGCUUUCAAAAACUCAGGUUUCACGUCUGUAGUGGUAAACAACACCUUCACUAAUGCAUUUAGAGGAACCCUAGAUUCAGAUUCAGGUUUUAUCACUUGUCCUUGACCCUUAAGGUGCAGAGGAGUGAGAUAAGACAGACGAAAGGAAGCUCAACAAAUUACACAGCUUUUUGGUUGUGUGUUAUCCGUACAUCCUGAGCCACAAAGACCCCCAUUGUGCCUCCGUCUGCAACCCCAUGCGUCCUUAUCAUAAAACAUCAACACUUUGCAGUAGUGGUUAACUUAUCCCAGCACUUAUGCCCCCCGCACUGCCCUGGGAACCUGGAGGCCAUUGUCUUUCAACUUGAUGCAGGGUUUACUGAAAGCGAGAAGGGACAAAAAGCCUUGCAGUUUUCACAUGCUGUGGCUUUGUGGUGCUCCGUCAAGGGAACAGAGGAUGGGGCAGACUGCAGAAAGUAGGCUACAGGUAAACUGUGCUCAGUACAAAGGGAACAAAACGGGAAUUGUACAUUUGAAUGGCCACACAUCCAUGCAUUUGACAUACGAAGCCUGUGGUUAGAGACGGAGCAGUAGGAUUUGAUUUCACAUCACCAGCUCAACAGACAGAGCAUAUUUAUUCACAAAACCAAUUAUUUUGCUGUUCUGCCUUUAAAGGAGAUUUAUACAUUUUGGGAAAUAUGCUUACUCGCUGUCUGGCAAACUUUCCCCCUGGUUUCCAUCUUUAUAUUACACUAAGCUAACUAUCUCUUGGCUGUAGCUUAAUAUUUAAAGGAAUAGUUUGAGAUGUUGGGAUAUACACUUACAUUUGCUUUCUUGCAGGAGUUAGAUGAGAAGAUUUAUAUCACUCUCACGUCUCUUCGGUAAAUAUGUAACUCAAGCCAGCAGCUAAUUAGCAUUAAGACUGGAAAGAAAGCUAAAAUAAUCAGCCUAAAGACACUUCUGAAGCUUACUAAUUACCACUAAUAUCAAAUUUGUUUAAUCUGUACAAAAGCUAAAAUGUGAAAAUGACGAAUUGUGGGUAUUUGCAGGGGUUAUGUGCAGGACUAUUUUUUGGCUGAGCACAGUGACCUCCCAGACUCUUACAUUUUGGUUUUUGUAUGUAUUUAAUAAACAAAAUACAUGUAUAACAUGUUAAUUUGUGAGCACAAGAGGUGCUAAUAGGUAGAAUCUUCUACCUUUAGAUAAGCUGGUUGUUUCCUCCAGCUUCCAGUCUUUGUGCUAGGCUAAGAUAACUUUAGUGUUAAAGCUUUUUAUUCCUUUUAUGUGUGCUUCUGCUGCAUUUCUGUAAACAGAAAUCAUCAAAAUCUUUAAAUAAACCAGCUUUGAUUUAAAAAGAAGAAUUUAGCUACCAGACACUAAAAGAUUACUGUCUUCAUUCCCAGUUUGGAGCUUAAUGAAUCCUGCUUCACUGACGCAUCUUGAUUCACAAAUAGAAAGAACAUCCUCUCCAGUGUUCAUUGUGUUCCAAUUAGGGACUGGCUGGCCAGAGGGCUUGAUAGAUUGACUGCUGCUGGGAUUCGUCCAGUCAUCAAACUCACUGCCAGAUCCACUUACACAACCUGGAGUGGGGAGUGAUCAUCAUCCUUUUAAACUCUUAAAACUCUACCACAGCUUAAAGAAAUACUUCAUGAAUGAAAUUAUAUAUGUUGUCUUUGAUAGAUAUUGUCUUGCCUGAUGAGUGUUUGUGUGUGAGUGUUAAAAACCAGUUUCACACACUUAAGCAUGCUGUGCUGUAGAGUCAUUUCCACCUGUCUUAAUCCUGACGCUGCUGGGCUUUGAACUUGGGCUUCAUGUGAUGUCCUAAUCCAGCCAAACAUUUUGCUGCCACGAGAGAGUUUGUAAUCUCUCUUCUGCUGAAUGUUUGAGUCACUCUGACUUUGCAGCUACACAUUUCGUAUAAAGGAAUUAGCAGUCAACAUUCAUACAAAUGCUUGAAUGAAACUUUUAAUAGAAACUAUUUAAAAUGCUCAAAAAAGUGAAUUUAGAGUUAUAAUCAGGCUUUAAUGAAUCAUGCAAAGGUAACACAACUACACAUAAAUAUACACAGUAGACAAACAUACAGCCAUUAUAGCAGACUACAACCCCUGAAUGAGCUUUGUUCACCAUUCAUUGAUCUGAACUCCUCUGUCCUCACUUUGCCAUUCAUAAAAACAACACUGCACUGCAAGCAUGCCUCAAGCUCAAGCAGUGUUGUGCACACAGGAGAAUGUACUGAUGUAGUAAUGCAAGUGUGCCAAGUGCUUUUUUGGGAAAGUACCACAGAAACAGAAACCAGUAAAACUUUUUUUUAUAGUUUUCUUGUGAAUUUUUAUACACACAUGUAAUCCAUAGAGAUACAGAUUGUGGGUUGUUUGUGUGGGAAAACACCAAGGCUUCACUGCUAUCACUGCUGAGUUUUGUCUCUGAUACACAAUUGCACUUUAUGUCAAAUCAAUACGAUCCACUUGUUGCAUUAAUAAACAAAUUACAUGAACCACAUGUUUACCAUCACAUAAUGCAGAGUCCCACUUACAUCAGUUUAAGCUGUCCAUUGUCUGGAUGAGAGUGCACCAGAUCUUUAGACAAUAGCUCUUCUCUGAAACCAGGGAAACCUCGCCACAGUAUGGGUCAAAAGAGUCCUAUUGUCCUAUCUUCUAUUGUGCCGCUGGAGUAGCCUGCAAACAGAACACUGUCAGUCUUUGUCUUUCUCCAGAUCAGCUGUGUAGCCCUUUUUUUCAUGCUCUGUGGAGUCCCAUGUGGCUGCCAUGCCCUACAUGUCACCAUAAUAAAGUUAAGGACACUGCUGUUACAGUUGAUAAUGGAUAGGCAAAUAUGUUUCACCAGUUGAACGUUAGGAAAUUGGAGAGCUCAGCAUAUGUGUGGGCCUCAGGUUUUUUUCCUCACCAUUAACAAUGAUGUCUGUGUAAAUUCAUUUACUCACUUUAAAGGUCUGAAAGGCUUUAUGACACAGUGUGGGAAUAAAGUGUUUA